UGGAAGCUACAGAGGCUGUAAAAUCAUGGAAUUCUACUGGAUGCUUACAGUAUCCCUGGAAGUCCAGAGGACACAGUUUCCCUGCGAUGGACAGUCAGCAUAAAAAGGAUUAACGGGCCCCAGCAGCAAAUACAAGCUCCUCUGCUUCCCGACCCGUUUCAUCUGCUGUACUGUGCACCCCAGCGAGCCCUGCAGAGCCUGCUGCCAUCUGCCUGGACCUUCUUUCUGCAAGAUGGCUGCUACACGAUGACCAUGGCGAAGAAUCAGCUCUAGGUGUCACCUGCGUGUGUAGGGAAGGCCUGUGUGCCUCAGGCCCCGGGACACUAUGCCGGAUUGGGCUAGAUGGGCGAUCCCAGAUGUGAUGUCAUUUUGACUCCCAGGACCCCCGACUCCCAUCAUCCCAGUCCCCCCACGCCUGUUUCUUCUUCUUUUCUCUCUCUCCCCGCUUGUAAAGCAGCGCGGAAGAAACAGCGGACUGGCUUCACCUCGCCUCCAGUCUGCCUCCCAACCCGCGCAUCGCUGCGGAGCCCGCAGGCCGCAGAGCCGCUGCGCCCGGCGUGCGGGGGAGGCUGAGGGGACGUGGCCGCAGCCUGAGCAACGGGGCCCGGCCCUCCAGCCCUCCCCGAAAGCGGGAUCCGCUCGCAGGUCUGGCGGGCGGCAGGGGUCCUGCGGGCGGAAGUGAGAAGCGAGGCGUGGGAGGAGGCUGCAGACUGGGGGCUGGGAUCCCCUCGGCGGCUGACGCGGCCGGGACAACCGGAACGAGGACGGCAGCCGCCUCCCGACGCCCGGUGCGCGGCAGCCGGGCCUUUUUUGGCGUUGAGGCAGAGCAGACGGGCAGGGCGGCCGCUCCGGGGGAGCGAGGCUGAACCGCCGCCCCCGGGACCAGGAGGAGGGGCUGCCUCGGGGGCGCCGCCGCGACCCAGAUAGGCUGGGCGGACGCGGGAGCGGGAGGCGGCCCGUCGCCUCCCUCCUCUUCCGCGGGGCCAUCCCUCGGCGCGCCCAACCCGGAACCCGGCGAGCGCGUGGGGGCGGGGAGGCGAGCGCGCAGAGCUGGCGGGCAUCCCCGCGGCCCCCGCCCCCCCAGCCAUGUCGGCCGAGGAGAUGGUGCAGAUCCGCCUGGAGGACCGCUGCUACCCGGUGAGCAAGAGGAAGCUUAUCGAGCAGAGCGACUAUUUCCGCGCCCUCUACCGCUCCGGCAUGCGCGAGGCCCUGAGCCAGGAGGCCGGCGGCCCCGAGGUGCAGCAGCUGCGCGGCCUCAGCGCCCCGGGCCUGCGCCUGGUGCUGGACUUCAUCAACGCCGGCGGGGCCCGCGAAGGCUGGCUCCUGGGCCCGCAGGCGGAGAAGGGCGGCGGGAUGGAGGAGGAAGAGGAGAUGGACGAGGUGAGCCUGCUGGCGGAGCUGGUGGAAGCGGCCUCCUUCCUUCAGGUCACGUCUCUGCUGCAGCUGCUGCUGUCCCAGGUGCGGCUCACCAACUGCCUGGAGCUGUACCGCCUGGCGCAGGUGUACGGGCUGCCCGACCUGCAGGAGGCCUGCCUGCGCUUCAUGGUCGUCCACUUCCACGAGGUGCUGUGCAAGCCCCAGUUCCACCUCCUGGGGGCUCCUCCUCAGGCCCCCGGGGACGUCAGCCUGAAGCAGAGGCUGAGAGAGGCCCGGAUGACGGGGACUCCGGUUCUUGUAGCCCUGGGGGAUUUCCUGGGGGGACCCCUGGCCCCUCACCCCUACCAAGGGGAGCCCCCGUCCAUGCUCAGGUAUGAGGAGAUGACCGAACGUUGGUUCCCGCUGGCCAACAACCUUCCUCCCGACCUGGUGAACGUCAGGGGUUACGGGUCCGCCAUCCUGGACAACUACCUCUUCAUAGUGGGCGGGUAUAGGAUCACUAGCCAGGAAAUCUCGGCUGCGCACUCCUACAACCCCAGCACCAAUGAGUGGCUCCAGGUGGCCUCCAUGAACCAGAAGAGGUCUAACUUCAAACUUGUGGCUGUUAAUUCAAAACUCUAUGCCAUUGGUGGGCAGGCCGUUUCUAAUGUUGAGUGUUACAAUCCCGAGCAGGAUGCCUGGAAUUUUGUGGCACCCUUACCAAAUCCUCUGGCUGAGUUCUCUGCGUGUGAGUGUAAGGGAAAAAUUUAUGUCAUUGGAGGAUAUACGACCAGAGACCGCAACAUGAACAUUUUGCAGUAUUGUCCCUCGGCCGACAUCUGGACACUGUUUGAAACCUGUGAUGUCCACAUUCGCAAGCAGCAGAUGGUGUCUGUUGAGGAGACCAUCUACAUCGUGGGCGGCUGUCUGCACGAGCUGGGGCCCAACCGGAGGAGCAGCCAGAGCGAGGACAUGCUCACGGUGCAGUCCUACAACACCGUCACGCGGCAGUGGCUCUACCUCAAGGAGAACACGUCCAAAUCGGGGCUUAACUUGACUUGCGCGCUCCACAACGACGGCAUCUACAUCAUGAGCAGAGACGUGACCCUGUCCACCAGCUUGGAACAUCGAGUUUUUCUCAAGUACAACAUCUUCUCAGAUAGUUGGGAGGCAUUCAGGCGUUUCCCGGCCUUUGGACACAACUUGCUGGUUUCCUCUCUUUAUCUGCCCAAUAAAGCAGAAACAUGACUGAACCAACUUAGGAUUUAAAAGAAACCUGGUUCAAGGCAGAAAAAGAAAAAA